AUGAUAAACAACGAGGUAAUAAUUGCUCUCCCAGAUCAUUUGGUGGACCACGACUACUUCCUGCCAGUUGUAUAUGAAGUUGAUCGUAUAGUGCACAAAGAAGAAGUAGUCGAAGAAGUUGAGGUAUUGAAAGAAGAAGAAGAGGAACAAAUUGUUGGAGUGCCGGAAACAUAUACUUUGAUUCCUGGAGUUCAUAACAGAUCGAGGAUAUAUAUUGACAACUUGGGAUUUAAGUAUUACAAACGAGAAGUCCGAGGACACCGCGUGUAUUUAGUAUGUGAACGGCAGAAGAAACGGAACCAGUACUGUCCAUCCACUGCGACUGUUAGUACAAAUUUGAAUGACAAUAGAAUUCAUCUACGGUUCUACCACGAUCACCAGCCCGGAGUGAUUGACCUGAAUUAUGCCAUUUUUGAGGGAAACCAUUGGUGA